AUGGCGUCGAGCCUCCCAAUACCCGUCCCUCCAAAGACGCCCACGCCGCCUCCUGACGAGGAUGAGUUCCAGCAGCAGCAACAGGAGCAGCAGCAAUCCCUGGGUCUAGGGCUUGAAGGCUUGCCUCCAAACUCUUCAUCAACGGUCUCAUAUGACCCAAAUACCUUAUCGCCCAUGAACUGGACAUUUCCAGGCCGUCUUGGCUCCUUGCCCUCACCCGCCAACACCUUCAGUCCUGCUAGUACUGCAACAGCCUACAGUCCCAUGACGGGCGAGAAUGCUAUAUCUGUCAAUGGAUCCAAUGGGAUUCCCCGAAGUCCUUUCAACUUCCAGACUACGACCUUGGCACGAUCGCCGGUUGCGAAAUCUAACAUGGGCCAACGUCGAGGACACAAGUAUAAGCACAGCAGUGUAUCCCACCAGAUAUUCUUGGAGCCAGAGCCUCGAGCUCCUCUCCCGUUGCCGGCGUCAUUAGAUAUCCCGACAUUUCUGGAGUGCCGGAAGAGUAUGUCCAAAGAACAGCGGUCCCGCAUCAUUUGGUGCUGCUGUCACAUGUUUGUGGCCGCAUACACGCUCUGGAGCGCGCAAGAGUCAUUGGCGCUCACUGCCCUCUCCCAUCUUAUCUGCUUUGAUGCGCUGGGCGCAUUCUUGUGUGUGAUGGUAGACGUGUUGGGCAAUUUCGAAGUUUGGAAGCGGUCGAGUAUUCGACAUCCAUUUGGCCUUGAGAGAGCAGAGGUCUUAGCCGGGUUUGCCAUGUCGGUUUUCCUCGUCUUCAUGGGACUCGACCUCAUCUCUCACAAUCUUCAGCAUAUGCUCGAGGGUCUCGGCCAUGAACCUCACCAUGAGCAUAAGCAUGCCCGGAUCUCGCCCGGUAGCGUGGACCUCGCAUCACUUCUUGCAAUACUAUCUACACUUGUUUCUGCUAUCGGACUCAAGAACCAUGCCAGAAUCGGGAAAGCCAUGCGCUUUGCUUACAUUGAAUCUCUCCCAUCGGUGCUGAGCAACCCAGCCCAUUUUCUCACCCUUUCGUGCUCAUCUCUACUCCUUCUCCUUCCGCUCCUCUCUAUCCAGAUGUACGUUUGGCUUGAUCGCGCUCUUUCCGGUACCAUUGCCAUUUCCAUGUGCACGCUUGGUGCCCGAUUGAGCAAGACUCUUGGGUUCAUGCUGCUCAUGUCUUAUUCUGGGGGAGGCGUGUCGGAGGCCAUGCGGGAGAUUGAAGAUGAUCCUUCCGUCACCUACGUUGAAGAGGCCAAGUUCUGGCAGGUACACUAUGGACUUUGCAUGGCCAAUCUGAAGCUUCGAGUAAGAGGUGGUGAAGAUGCAAUGUUACGAUUGAGGGAUCGAGUAACCAGCAUCGUGCGCAACCGGUUAGGAGGCGGAUACGGUGGUGGUGGCGGCCAACGAUGGGAAGUUUCCACUCAGAUGAGCAUGGAAAAGGAUUAA